GGCUUCCUCUUCCAGGGGGGAGAGGAGAGAGUCUGCACCUUUAGAACGGGGGUGGGAGCCUUAGGCUGUGCUGGGCUUCACUCUUCCUUUCUCAGGGGCCUGGUAGGAAAUGGCACAGGUGGGCCGAUGGUGCUGUGUCUCUCUGAUGCUACAUUUUCACCACAGAAGACAUUGUGUCCUGAGCCUUUUGCCCCUUUUAUCCGGCGGCCUGCCCCUGCCCCUCUACAGAGCAGAGCUAUGCUGGGUGGGGGUCUGAGGUCUUUUCUGAAUAGGUUUCCUUUCUGCUUUGAGCCCAGGGGGACAGAGGCACCCUUCCCCAGGUCAAACUUACUCAAAUUUCAAUCUUUAGAGAAUACCAGGAGCCGAGUUUUAUUUUAAUCUUGAGUUACAAACCUUACAGAGAUAGCAUUACCCCCGGGCCUGUUGUGCUGGGAUGGAACCCGGGACUGUGUGGAUGCUGGGCAAGUCUCCUGCCAUGAGAUGUGCCCCUGGCCAUGCAGACAAUAAUUUGAAAGAACAAGUGCAAAGGGAAAUGGGACUCAUCUUCUGCUCAGUGUCAGUCCCUCAGAACCCCUGGGGGACCUACUCAGCAAAGCUGUGCCUGCAGCUGGCUCAUCUGAGGCCAGUAGUUUUCCACCUUUAAAAAUUCAUGACCCAUUAAAAACUGUAAGAAUCCCGUGCCCUUUGUGUUUUGUGAUGCAAAAUAUCCUAGGCUCCUUUUCAAAAUAUGAAAUAAUGAUGUCAACUCUGCAUGUCUUAGUAUAAGCCCACAUCCCCCCCCAGUUGAGAAUUGUUGUCCAAAGACCCUUAACACCCAACACUGUGGCAUUAAAAAAAUGUGUCAGAAACUACACCAGGUUGGAGCCUGAGCUUCCCAGGCUCUUUCUGCCCCACAGAUUCUGGUAAAAAGGUGGACAGUGUGCACAGUGCCUGCCAGGGAACAAGGAGGGACAUAUUUGGCACAUAAUUAGUUUCCAUCCUCCCAGGGUUUCGUGUGCCAGAGGUGUGAAUAGAAUGAACAAUUAAUAAUACCCUGGCUCCGGGGCGCUGGGUUCUAGCUGGGAAAAUAGGAACAAGCUGUUUAACCAACAAACAGUCCCGCUACACAGACACAGUCUCACCCACACACUAUCCACAGCCUGUCUUGCCCUUCAUACCAGACCUGUCAGAGCCACACACUCCACACUGGAGCCGUGCCAGCUGCAGGCAUCAGAUAAAUGCUCUAGGGUAACUGAUAAACACCCACUGAAGGGCCUAGAGAGCACCCCCAUGCCUCCCAGCCCCUCACACCCUCCUCUUCCCUGAGUCGCACACUCCCUCUUUAUGGUGCCCACGUGAUAGCUGUGCUCAGUGGCCUGCAAAGGGUUCUGACUGGUGCUAUUCAGUGUCCCAUCCCCAGGGAAGGGAGGGGAGCUGAGACAGACAGACAUCAGGCUUGUGCUGUUGUGGCCACCAAGCACACGUCUUGGAUGGCAAAUAAUGAGGAGCCAGGAACUGUCCCUGCCUGGCUACAGCUGAAUGCCUUAGCUUCUUCUAGCCCUUCCCUCUGUUCUCCAGCUCCUUUCAUAUUAGAAGCUAGUGCCCCUCCCUACACCCCAUCAAUAGCUCUGUCUUUUCCCAGGCCCUCUGCCUUCUCCUGUCACAAGCACUUGGUCCUGGGUCUGUUUGCUCCUUGUUCUUUGUGGCAUGUUUUGUCCCCAGUGUGACUAAGCUCGAGUGCAAUUUCUAUCUUCCUUGUGACUGGUGCCCCAGCCAGUGAGCUGCUUUACACAGGUUCCUCACAGAAUGAACAGACUCGUUUGCUGAUUCCUGCCUAUCCCACAAUGCACCGCCAGUCCUGCCUGUGGCUCCCACGCCACCAUACUAACCCUGUGUUCUUGUCCCAGAGGGCUUUCCUGGGCCUUGAGCCCUGCUAUUCAGUUGCAAGUCCCAGAAACCUCUUGCCCUCUUUACAGCUCCCUUCCUGUCCAUCAGUGCUGGCCCUGCCUCCUUCUGCUGAAGGCCUGGGACCAGCCCAAGGGAGGAGGCCUGGGGUUGGGUCCCAAAGAAUCCCAGGUGAAGGUGGAAACAGAAGUGGGGCACAAUGAAGGGAGUCUCCCAGAGGUUGGUCUGUAUGUGGGCAUGACUUGGCUGUUCAGGAAAGCCCUAAAUUUAGCCAGAGGGCCCUGUCCUUUCUCCUUCCACUCCCAUCAACCUAUGGGUUAGCACCCAGGGGGGCCAAGGCUGGAAUGAGACUCCUAGUCACAUCUGGAGCCCCUGGUAGGUGAUGUAAAUUAUAACUACCUUUUUUAGGAGUUGAGGGUAUCACCAGGGAGUAUGCUAAGGUUCCGGAAGGAAUCUAGCUAGUCCUGUGGCCCUUUUUUCCCCCUUGAAUUUUACCAGGCAGAUUUCCUCUCCCUUACAACCCUUCGGUGGGUGUAUCAUUUAAACUGGAGCAAGAUAACAACUUGUUUGCUCGGGAGCGAGCUGGGAGUAACGCAGGGGCUCCCUGACUUGCUGCAUGCCACAGCCGGGAUUGCCAUUGUACAUGCUCUCUAUGCCCCAAACCUUGUUGGGCUGAGCUGGGCACUGCUGAGCGCUGUCCUGGGUGGUGACGCUGAGAGGGAACAGCCCAUCUUGCCCUCCUCGUGCUCCUCACUGUCUGGUCUGUCUCUUUCUCUGGUGUCGGUUGACCUGUCUCUGCCUCCCCUUCUGGCCGCAUGAGGACCCCCCUCCUCUGGACAGGAGCUCUCUUCUGGGUUCCAGCCCGCUGUGCCUGCUCACAGCCAUCAACUAGGUGACUGUUUACUGGGUAGAUGAGGCUGGGGCCAGUUCCACGCACUGCCUCUCCCCACAGGCCGAGCACGCUGGAGUCCGCACCUACUUCUUCAGUGCCGAAAGCCCGGAGGAGCAGGAGGCCUGGAUCCAGGCCAUGGGUGAGGCUGCACGGGUCCAGAUCCCUCCAGCCCAGAAGUCAGUACCUCAACCUGUUCGGCACGGCCUCGAGAAGCCAGACUCAGAGAAUAUCCCACCCAGCAAACACCAUCAGCAGCCACCUCACAACAGUCUCACCAAGCCAGAGCCGGAGGCCAAGACUCGAGGGGAGGGGGAUGGCAGAGGCUGUGAGAAGGCCGAGCGAAGGCCUGAGAGGUCUGAAGUCAAGAAGGAGCCUUUAGUGAAAGCCAAUGGCCUCACAUCUGGACCUGAAACAGCCUCGGAGCCUGGAAGCCCUUACCCUGAUGGCCCGAGGGUCCCAGGAGGUGGGGAGCAGCCCCCACAAGCCAAUGGCUGGCAGUAUAGCUCUCCAAGUCGACCAGGGAGCACAGCUUUCCCACCUCAUGAUGGGGACACCGGAGGACACCGGCGGAGCUUUCCACCACGUACUGACCCUGACAAAAUUGCCCAGCGCAAAAGCUCCAUGAACCAACUUCAGCAGUGGGUGAACCUGCGCCGAGGAGCACCCCCACCCGAGGACCUUCGGAGUCCUUCAAGGUUCUACCCUGUGUCCCGCCGGGUCCCUGAGUAUUACAGCCCUUACUCCUCCCAGUACCCUGACGAUUACCAGUACUACCCUCCAGGGGUACGGCCAGACAGCAUCUGCUCCAUGCCAGCCUACGAUAGGAUUAGUCCGCCCUGGGCCCUGGAGGACAAACGGCACUCCUUCCGUAAUGGGGGUGGACCCACUUACCAGCUUCGUGAAUGGAAGGAGGCCACCAGCUACGGGCGGCAGGAUGGCACUGUUUGGAUCCCUAGCCCCUCCCGACAGCCAGUCUAUUAUGAUGAGCUGGACGCCGCCUCUGGCUCCCUGCGCCGCCUGUCCUUGCAGCCCCGUUCCCACUCUGUGCCCCGCUCACCCAGCCAGGGCUCCUACAGUCGUGCCCGCAUCUACUCCCCCGUGCGCUCGCCUAGUGCCCGUUUUGACCGGCUGCCACCUCGCAGCGAGGACAUCUAUGCAGACCCUGCUGCUUAUGUGAUGAGGCGAUCCAUCAGUUCCCCGAAGUAUGAUUACCUGGGAGACAGGCGACCAGUCCCUGCAGGACUGUUCCCCUACAACUACCCACCAUCCCCCACGGUCCACGAUAAGAUGGAUGAACUUUUAGACCUUCAGUUGCAAAGAAACCUAGAGUAUUUGGACCAGCAGAUGAGUGAGAGCGAGACUCUCAUCAGUAUGGUGAACCGCAUGGUGGAGAACUCCUCCCCCAGGGCCCAGCUCUUCAUGCAAGUCCCUGCAUACCCAGAGGUGUUCCGGGAUGGCCUCCACACCUUCAAGCUAAAUGAGCAAGACACGGAUAAGCUGCUGGGCAAGCUGUGUGAGCAGAACAAGGUGGUGAGGGAGCAAGACCGGCUGGUGCAGCAGUUACGAGCAGAGAAGGAGAGCCUGGAAAGUGCCUUGAUGGGGACCCACCAGGAGCUGGAGAUGUUUGGGAGCCAGCCUGCCUAUCCGGAGAAGCUUCUCCACAAAAAGGAGUCCCUGCAGAACCAACUCAUCAACAUCCGCGUGGAGCUGUCCCAGGCAACCACGGCACUGACUGACAGCACAGCGGUAUAUGAGAACCUUGAGUCCGAGGUCUCUGCCCUGCAUGAUGACCUCUGGGAACAGCUGAACUUGGAUAUCCAGAAUGAGGUGCUCAAUCGGCAAAUUCAGAAGGAGAUCUGGAGGAUCCAGGAUGUGAUGGAAGGGCUGAGGAAGAACAACCCUUCCCGGGGCACCGACACAGCCAAGCACAGAGGAGGACUCAGCACCUCGGCCACCUACAGCUCCAACAGCCCUGCCAGCCCUCUCAGCUCUGCCAGCCUUACCAGUCCCCUGAGCCCCUUUUCAAUGGUGUCUGGCUCUCAGGGCUCUCCAACCAAGCCAGGGUCUAGUGAGGAACCUGGCCCACCUCGGCCGCCCCUCCCCAAAGCCUACGUACCCCUGGAAUCUCCUCCCACCGUCCCUCCACUCCCCAAUGAGAGCCGCUUCUGGCCAUACCCCAACUCCCCUUCCUGGCAUCGCAGUGGCGAGACCGCCAGGGGUCAGUCCAAAACAGGCUUUGAGCCAAGCAAGAAAGACUUUGACCAGACAUCACCCCUGGAUAUCCCCAGAGACAUCAGCCUUGUGCCCACCAGACAAGAGGUGGAGGCAGAGAAGCAGGCAGCUCUCAACAAAGUUGGCAUUGUGCCCCCCCGGACAAAACCUCCUGCUGAGGAAGAGAUGGCCCCAUCAUCUGUGGUGAGGAGGACUACCAAUGGGCUCACCAAUGGCCUCUCCUCAAGGCAAGAGCGCCCCAAGAGCGCUGUGUUCUCUGGAGAGGGCAAGGUGAAGAUGAGCGUGGAGGAGCAGAUCGACAGGAUGAGGCGGCAUCAGAGCGGCUCCAUGAAGGAAAAGCGGAGGAGCCUGCAGCUUCCAGCCAGCCCAGCCCCUGAGCCUAGCACCCGGCCUGCCUACAAAGUGGUGCGCCGUCACCGCAGCAUCCAUGAAGUGGACAUCUCCAACCUGGAGGCAGCCCUCCGGGCCGAGGAGUCUGGCGGCCAGGUGUAUGAGACUCCGAGGGAGGAAAUUGCCCGGCUUCGGAAAAUGGAGCUGGAGCCCCAGCACUAUGAUGUGGACAUCAGUAAGGAGCUCUCCACUCCAGACAAAGUCCUCAUUCCUGAACGGUACAUUGACCUGGAACCUGAUGCACCCUUGAGCCCCGAGGAGUUGAAGGAGAAGCAGAAGAAGGUGGAAAGGAUCAAGACGCUCAUUGCCAAAUCCAGUAUGCAGAACGUGGUGCCCGUCGGCGAGGGGGACUCUGUGGACGUGCCCCAGGACUCAGAGAGCCAGCUGCAGGAGCAGGAGAAGCGGAUUGAAAUCUCCUGUGCCCUGGCGACCGAGGCCUCCCGCAGGGGCCGCAUGCUGUCUGUGCAAUGUGCCACCCCAAGCCCUCCCACCUCCCCUGCUUCCCCGACUCCACCAGUCAACCCCCUACCGUCUGAACGCCCACGGGGCGCCGACAGCAGCCAUACCAUGCGGGUCUGAGCUCUGACUGCAAGCCCUGGCUGAGGCCAAUGCUGUGAAGCUCCACAGAGCCACCUUCUGAUAGCAUCCACUGCACAGCCGAGGCUCUGGCUCCUCAUCCUGGCCUCCUGCUCUUGCACCCACUGUGAGAGUGCCACGGAGAGCCAGGCUGGGGGCCAGGGCUGCUUCAGAAAGAAGCAUGGGUGCCUUCAAAUUAACAUCUGCUGCCCUUGCCCGGAAGCCUGCACUGUCAUGCCAUGGUUCUAAGGCAAAGCCUGGAAUGGCAAGGCCAGGAUGUCAUUCUCUCUGAGGCUCCAAUCACAGGGAGCUCAAGGGCAGUUUUGGAUGGCAUUGGUGUUCCUCCUGCCACCAUCCCCCGAUGGAAACCGUGUUCUGGUGGUGGGGAGCAUGCCCUCAGCAAUGAGUGAGGACUAGAAGUGAGGACAAGACAGACUCUCCAUUCCUUGGAACCCAUACAACACACUGAGAGGCCAAACUCUUGCCAUCAUCUUCUUCCCCUUCAGUCCCAGCUGCCUCGGUGACACCCAAGGCUUUGGCAUGGCUCUGCUGAUGGGUUUCCCAGAGUUUCCUGGAGAUCAGCCACCCUGCUUGAGCCAAAGAAGACAAUGAGUGAUAGGGAGAGGCUCCUGGGCUCCUGGAGGGGUCAGGUGUGUUAUAGAGAGAUGACAGCAGGUCUGUGCAGUGUCUGAGGGCAAGUGGGAAGCAGGAGCAGAUGGAAGAGGAGAGACACUUAGAGAGUGAAGGAAGGGAAAGCCAGAUGCUUUUCUCAAGUAGCAGGAAGGCAAGGAAGGGGGAAUAGGGGAAGGGAGAAUAGGAAUGGCUUCUUGUGUGAAGCAUUAGGUUAGUGCCAAGCAGAGAGCCUGACUGUGACCUAUGUACCUUCACAUCUUUCUCAGGAGCAGGUGGCACCAAGAGGACUCACCAGACACACAUCAGCGCCAGCUGAGGUGCUUGGUAGCAAGGUAUGGAGUGAAGGGAUGUUAGUGAGGUAGCCUGUGAGAUGGUCCUGCCUGUGUCAAGGCCUGCUGUCUGUCUCUCUCCUAGGGUCAUGGGCAGAGAAAAAACUGUUUUACAUAGAGUCUGUCAGCCUUGGGGCCUUACCUAGCCAGUUUCGUGACCCAUUCAAACCUGGAAAGUACUGUGGGACAACUGAGGAGUUGUCCUGGGAAGAGGGGAUGAGAAUUUAGCUGUGAGGCCAAGUUCUAGGUACUUACUCCUCAUCUCAAGCAUUUAGAGCAGCACCACAGGCUGGGCUUUCUUACAACCCACCUACCCAGGGAAGACAGGACACGGAGAGCCGGAAACCUUCCUCUCUUCCACCUACCAUGAGUGAACGGAGCCAGAGAGCAACGAAGAAAGGCUAGCUGCAGACACACGCCCCCAGGCCUGUCCUGGCACACUUGCCGCCCAGAGACUUCAGCCUGAACAUCAGUGGCCCCAGGAAACAACUGCGUCAUCUCCCAUCAAUUCAUUACCACCAUUCCUUCAUGGUUGGGACAGUUGCUGGUUCAUAUGCAAGUAAAGAUGACGAUUCUUUCAGCAAAUACUAGUCAAGCACUUUUUGUGUAUCAGGUACUGUUAUAGGUGCUUAGGAUAUUGUCUUGCUUCUGAGAGACUCUGGAUCAGGAAGAUUCCACCUGUCUUCACUUCCAGCAGACUUCUGGGAAGUGAUCCUUGUGACAUUCCAAACCUGCCCUUUCUUCCUUAAAUACUGGUAGGUGGGAUUAGCCCCCAGGUUGCCCUCUCUCCCUACAUCCUCUUCCACAAGAAACAAAAUUUUAGGGCUUUCCCUGUCUCUUGUCUGUCUCUCUCUUUUUUUAAUAGUGGUAUUUUUAGAAACACAAAAAAUACCAAGAAAUGUGUGUGUCUUUUCCACUCUCACCCUGUAGUUCAUAAAGCUGGCUCUUCAUGUUGCUUUACAUGCCUUAAUAUAUGUUUUAUGGAAGUGAUCAUGUCAUAGGUACCUGUGUAAUAUAUAUACAUGUCAGUUCUUUCCUCAGCUCCUGCCCUGACCUGUUUUCUGUCCACGUCAUUCUUAGCAUGUUGAAACCACACCCCCUUGCCUUUUUGAUCCAAAGAAGGGGAGAGGAAAGAUUUAUUUUAAGGCAGACCUAUUUUAUGUUUUUGUUUAAAAAGCAGAUCUAUUUUCAAAAUGUGCAAUGUCUGAAAGGGAUUGGUGAUGUGUGAAGAGACUGGAUGGCUGUCCCUGGUCCCCACCUCUGCCCUUGCCUCUACCCCAUUGCCCAGUCAUCAUCAAGGGCUGGUCCCCAGGCUCCCCCGGACUGCAUCCAGCAGGAGCAGAGCAUUCCCUUGAAAUUCCUGGUCUAAGAAUUUGACUUUGCUUUCAACUUCAGAAAGCAGCCCCAGGGUUGUCAAGCAUGUGAGGUUCCUGAAGGAAAUGUUUACAACUGCAAACAUGCAGUCCUCAACCGGGCUGCCGGACCACCUCCCCUCAGCCCUCUGUGAGAAAAGGCAAACGGGUUGCUGGCAGCCUAUGCUAGCCAGCUUGAAGGAUGUCAGUCUGUUCUCUGACAGACCCAAGACCCAAGCUGAAGCCCGGAGAGUGGCUUGGGACCAGCUGUGUCCUCUGGAGAAUACUGUGGGCUCCCCAGGCCUCUCCCACACUUUCUCUUGAGCCCACUCUGUGUCACACCUGUUUCCCUCUAGGAGUUUUCUUUCUGGCAGUUAUGGCACAUUGGUCUGGCAUCCAGACUUGAGGCCUCAUUCUUUGCUGGGCAGGGCCAACAGUCACUGUCAAAGUUUGGGUCUUUCUCAGGAAACCCUCCGUGCUUUGACAGGCUGUAGGCUGGAGUUCUGCUUGUGGCAGCUCAGCUUCCCAAACUUGCUUUCUGACAGGUGACUUGAGCAAGGAGGUUCUCGCCUUGCAAAAGAUUUGGGAAGGAUGGAGACCUCUCCCUAAAUCUGAAAUGAUGUCUUUGGGAAUUUUGCAGCACUUCUGGCCACCUUUUGAAGCCUGACUUUCACCUCUGGCAUUUGUUGGCCCUUUUCCCAGCCUGGAGCCUUUUGCUCUGAAUGAACAGAGCCCAGACAUAGGCCUAGGGAUAAGUACCGUUUCUGGGGAAAGCCCUGGCUACCCACUUAGGGCCUUCCCAGUGAACAUAUUACCUCUUUCACCAAAAACCAAGAGGCUGCGAUCAAAUACUGCUACUGUCACUUUAAAGGUUUUUCUGAGGAAGCAAGCUUGCAAGCAGCAAGUGUGCUCUCCUGCCUUUGUGAAAGGCAUGUUCUUGGGGCGGGACUACUACUGCAAGACGGGAUCCCUUCCUUCCCCAUUAGAUACCCUCCUCCUGGCAGCUCUUAAAACUAAGGAAAAGUACUAUAUAUAAAUAUAUAUAUAUAUAUAUAUAUAUAUACAUAUCUAUUUAUGCACAUAUUUGGGGCCAAUUUGAUUUGCUAGUGUUAGACAAUAAAUCAUACAAGGAAAUCUAUGAUCUCAGUGUCUUUAUUUAGUAUGAAAGUGACCUUAGACAAAGAGUUAUGGUUAGAUGAACAGCAUCUCUGUUGGGACCGCACUGCUGUAGCACCCCCUGAGCGUCUGUCUAGCCGACUGCCCUCCCCUGAAGAAGGGGCGCCUGGCUGAGGUGGGUGAGAAGCACUCCCUCCUUUCAGUGGCCAUCUUAACAGAUUAGAUACUGAAGAACCCCAGUGAGCUCUGCAUUUGUAUCUUGCAAGUUUGUAUAAACCAAUACCGGAAAUAAAAUGAAUGGUUUGUA